GCUACCGCAGUUAAUGAGGCUGAUUUUGUUCCUGUAGCUCUUAGCUUUCGUAAGGAUGUCAAAUCCCACGGAUUAAUCUGCACUUUGCUUGUUAUUGCUUUUGUUUGGAAUGUACGAUGAAAACGAUGACGACGUGGUGAUCGACUAUCUAAGUUCCAGCAAUCCGCUCAUCCCAUCGCCGGUGACGCCGGGUUUCCCAAAAUGCAAUGAUUCCGCAGCGUCGAAGGAUCCAUCGCUGGCAUCCCUGAUCAACCAGCAGCAGUCGUUCCAGCAGCAAAGUCUCAACAACGUUCACAACUAUCACAACAACAACAACAGCAGCAGCAUCAUUGAAAAGUGCAAUAACCGAAGUAAGCUAAGCGACAUUGUCAUCGAUACGGCAGCUGCCAACAACAGUGACUGCGGCCAGCUGCUGCAGCAUCCGACAACAACGACGACGACCGGGAGCAACAGCACUGUUGCCGCAAGCAACAACAACAGUGGAAGCAGCACCAACAACCACGCCAACAUGGUGCCAAUCAUCAGUGUGACUCCGCACAGUCCGGGUGCCAAAUACAACUUCCUCGACGAAACUUUAAACCAUCUACAAUGUAUUCGGGAAAGUGUAGUUCAGUGGAAGAACUCCACAAUUCAGAAUACCAAUUUUGGUGGCACCGGGUUCAUAGGAGCAUCGCAACUUUCCUCGUCGAAGCUGUUCUCGUCCUGCCCGUCGUUGCCGGACCUGACGAUCGCGAACGCGGGCCAUGUUUGGCCCCAUCAGCAGCACAUGUACGGCUUGAAUACCGACCGGCGGAAGUCCUGGACCGCAAUCGAGGAUCUCACCGAUUGUGCGAAGUCUUCCCACAAAAGUGUCAGUCUGUCGAGCUUGGACAGUGAAGAACAGGAAUCACUGCGGGCUGCCGAGCGACUGCACAACCGUACCAGCCGCAACAGUACCGGUGGAAUAUCGACACAUUCGCUCAACGAGGCCGAACUAGCGCGCGACUUCGAGAAAAUCGUCGCCAAGCGAAAUCUGGCUCCGGCAGUUUGUCGGAUUCCGCUGCAGAAGAGCAUCUCGACGCCGUCGAUAGCGCCGGUUCGCAACCAGAGUGCCAAGGAGGAUACUGCCACACCUUCGAGGCAUCUUUCCGACAGUGAAGAUGAAACCCACGACGAUCGGUCUCUGCUCUGUGUGAGAGAUAAAACCGAGAGUUACACCGAUCUACCGGAAAAGCGCAGAAAACGAGGUUCGUUAUUUUUCCGUAAGAAAAAGGACAAGGCCAAAACCAAGGGACAGAACUCUACCUGUGACGCUUGUGGAGCAGUCAUUAAUUUGGCCACUUACAAAGAGCAUGCGGUCGAAUGUAAGGCCAAAAUUGCCAAGAAAUAUUUCCAAGUGCAACCCAAGUCCGGUUCUAAUAAAAAGAACUCAACCAACAGCCACAGUUCUUCGCAUCAUGAUGAUCAAGGUAGAGACUAUUACGAUGGCAACAUACAAAAUGACAACUCAAACUAUUCGGACGACACCCCACUGAUACGGGACGAGUUUCUACACGAAGCGCCGAUCGGUCCGCAUGACCUCGGCGCGGAGCCCAUUCUAGGUGUAGCCAUCGACGAGCCGGACUCGUGGAGUCCUAGUGUACCAAAGGAGAUCGUUAAGUCACUCAAAGAUAAGCAGGUCAAACGCCAGGAGCACAUCUACGAGUUCAUCAUGACGGAGAAACAUCACUGCGAAACCCUACUAGUCAUGCAGAAGGUUUUUGUCGAGAGCCUCCAGAAGCACUUUAGUCAUCUGAAUCUGGAGCGAAUGUUUCCUCGGUUGCUCGACCUGACCGAACUGCACACCGGCUUCCUGAAGAAGCUACGGCUGAAGCAGCGCGAACGGCCGGUCGUCGACAGCAUCGCCGACAUUCUGCUGGAUUUCUUUUCGGCCAUGUCGGCGCAGAAGCUCAAAUCCGCCUACGGCGAGUUCUGCUCUAACCACCGUUCGGCGCUGAGCACGUUCAAGUGCUACAUGACCGGUGACAACACGUUCGCCGAGUGGUACAAACACUGUCAGCAAAAUCCGCUGCUCAAAAAGAAGGGCAUUCCGGAGUGCAUCUUGUUUGUGACCCAACGGCUGACGAAGUAUCCGCUGCUAAUCGACCCGCUGCUCAAGAGUUCCCGCGAAGAUAGGAUCGAGCAGGAAAAACUUCAGAAAGCGAUGCAACUGGUUAAGGAGAUUCUGGUGGAUGUAGAUGCCCGCGUAGCGGACAAGGAGAAGGAGGAUCGUCAAUUAGAAAUUUUCAAACGAAUCGAUGCCAAGUCAUAUGCAAUUUUUAAGAAAGAUAAGUUUAAAAAGUCCGAUAUUAUCUCCAGCAAUAGGAAGCUCAAAUUUGAAGGCAUUGCAACACUGAUGCAGGGCAGAUCCAAAAUGCAAACAGUUUUGGUUGUGGUCCUGUCCGAUUGCUUGUUCUUCCUGUUGGAAAACUCCCACAAAUACUCGUUUUUCACUCCUGAGAAUAAGGCUGGAGUGGUUUCGCUGCAGAAGCUUCUGAUACGGGAGAAAGCUGGCACCGAAUCUAGGGGAAUCUACAUCAUUUCUUCCAAUCCGGCGUAUCCGGAGAUGUUCGAAUUGAAGGUUCAGAGUCCCAAGGAUAAGAAUGUUUGGAUUCAAUCAAUUAGAGCUGCCGUUCUCGAUUGUCCGUCGGACGAAUCCGAGGCUGAAGAUUACAUGACUGCCGAACAACGCCAAAAAUUAAUAGAUGCUAAGCAAGCCAACAUUCGGGAGAUUAUCUGCAAAAUGAGGCAAAAAGACUUCGAACAAGCGAUCCUCCUGGAGGAAAAAAUCGCCCUGCAGCUGAGCUUGUUGUUGGACAACGAGCACAACACGGAACAGCUCGGCCCAACGGUGGAGGCCUUCAUCGCCCAGUACGGCUCCUACCGGGAUCUGGUUUCGGACGACUGUGAUACGAUAGAGAUUUGGAAGCGUGUGCUUAACACAAUCCAGGAAAUCAGUAACCUAGCAGCUUCGCUGUACACUGCCGCUACCGGGUUGCCUUUGUCACGAUCGUGCAGCUCGGUGGGUGAACGACAGAGCGAAGUUUACAUCUCACCAACCUUACCAAAGCGGGCCGAAACGUUCGGCGGAUUCGACGAACGGAGAUCCAAGCAGCAGCAAACCAUCAUCAACACCUCGCGGGAUGCCGUACUAUCCACCCUGUCGGCUGGCUAUUUCACGAAUCGUGAAAUCUACGAAAAACGUGAAUCCAUUGCAUCCGAAGCCGACUCGGGUCCGUUCUCGCCGGGACUACAACAGGCUCCGAUGAGGCUGAAUCCGGAAGGGCCAACCACCGAACAGGCGAAGGACAACGGUUACGCAGCGCUCCAUGUAUCGCAUCACCUACACACUCUGCUCUGCAUCAUCUCGCAGCAGAUGACAACGAUUCAAAGUUUGCAGCAUCAGUUGAAUGCUUUCCGAGAGAAUCCGAAAAAUAUGUACCGUCACAAUGAUCAGCUGGAAGAGCUGCGAAAUCUGCAGGAUAAGUUGCAGGAGGAGAAAACGGCUUGGCAGAAGCAGAAAGAAACCGAAGAACGGGAGUUGGAUGAACAGCGAUUGUCGCAGAAAACCCUGCAGGAGCAGAUUCGUGCCGAACAGGAGGAUAUUAAGCAGCAGCGCGAGCAGUUAUAUCGGAAGAUGGAAAUUUUGUCCAGUCAGGGACUGCUGUUGUCGCCGAGUGUUGCCAUACCGGUAUCAUCUGGAGUGAUGGCAUCGCAGCAUGAAGAACAACUCGCUGGGGCGGAAGAGUAUCACCUCGAUAGUGGAAUGAUUGGACAUGGCAAUAGCUCUGCUGGUGUAGGGAAUACUACCAUCGACCGUAGAAAGGAUAAGUGGAGAACGGCCAGCAUUAACAAAGCUCCUCCAGUAAAUCUGGUCAGUGCCACCAACGCACCAAAGAUUAACGCAUCUGCCAUCAAACAACAGCUUCCGCUGAAAUUGUCAUCUUUAUCGAGUACCAAAUCAAGUCCCAACAAUAAUUCAGUUACGUCUCCCAGCGGCAGCAGUCCAAGUCUAAUGAGCGGCGGUGGUGCUGGAGUCACGCAAAUGUUUCCUCUUAAGCUAGCGGACAAAAAGAUUAGCUCUAGCUUACCAAAUCAUUCCCGAACAGGAAGUAGUCCCGCGGUUAUUCAACAACAAAUGCCGGUUCAGCCCGGAAACCCGGCCACAAGAACAAAUACUUAUCCCAAAAUUCCGGAACGAUAUCGUCUGCGUAGCUCCGAUAACUAUCAACCACCAGCUCAGCACUAUACCAACACGCAUCCGCUGGCUUCGCCUACCCCUCACGUACCCUCGCUCCGUUCACCGGCAAUCCAUGAGCAACAUCAGCAAUACCAGCAGCAUCACUUCCACCCGCAGCACCACUCGAUGCACAGCACACCGUUAUCCUCGCGGCACUCGAGCCUCCAGUCGCCACCACCGGCCGGUUCGCCGUCGUCAUCCGAUGCCGGCAGUAGCAGCAAUAACAAUACCAGCAACAGCAGCCCCGGCAGUAACAAGAAGGAUUCCACCAAGGGCAAGGAGGAGGAGGUGAUCUAUUUUUGAUACAUGCCAGUCGAGGUUGAAAUAUAAUCACCCGAACGUACUGGACUGGAUGCUCGUGUGCGCGCUGACCGUCUCGCUGGUGUUAUAUGUUGUGAACCGGAUGGUUCAGCUUAUUUUUCCUAUACUAUGAUGUGAUCUCUGUUAUACUGUUAUUCUUAGACUGUUCUGUUCGCACUAGAUUUUUCUCGUUUUUCGACACUUUCCUAUUCCACUAUAGGAAAGGUUCGUCUCUGAGUGGGAUAGUUUUACGCAUAAAGUGAUUAUAAUUCAGUUGAAAUUGUAAAAAACUCCCAUCCGGAGCAGACCUUUCAAAAUGCUCAAAGUGCUGUGCAAUCCAUCCUCUAGUGACUGUGUAGUAUGUUAAUUUUACCAUUGCUUUUCGUAAGACGGAAAAGAAGCAACAUCAAUAUGGCCUAUUUCACCGAGCAAAGCGACUUAAAUCUGAAACUAAAAGAACGUGAGUUUACUUCGGAUAAAGCACAACUGUGGAUUGUGGAAUAGAAAUAUACAAAUCAUCCUAAACUGUAGCAACUGUGGGUCAAGUGUGUUAUCGGUAAUCAAAUAGUUGACGACGAGUUGUUUGUGUUGAUCACACGGGUUUAUCAAAACUAACCACCAUUUCUCUAAUACGCACAAACUAAACAGCUACAGCUUUCCGAUCAGUACAAUUCGGACGUUUCAAAAACUACUCUAUAGUUUCUCGACUUCGGUGUGUUCGAUAGAAGAAUGGCAUAUUCUCUGCACUUAGUCGAGCAGAUGGUAAACCUGAAAGACUCGAAUAAAUCCAUUGUGUGUAUAUGUAUAUAGUGGUAACUGCUAUGUUUAGAUCUAGAAAUAAUGCAAAGAAGCAAAAAAACAAGCAUUCUGUAGUUUUACAAACAGUAAACAAUGCAGCCAAGCGAUGUGUCGAAUUCAUUCUGUUCCAGUUUUCCUUCUGUAGGAAUUCCUAUUCCAAUGUGAUCAAGCUGUUGAUUUUUCUAGAGAUAACUUACAUAUUUAACAAUUACAUACACAUGCAGAUAUACUGACCGGCAUCAAAGAGAAAGUGUUGCAUUUAUAGGGGAUAGUUUCCAUCGACUAAGCUAUGAUAUAACACAGCUAAAACACUAUAUUUACCAAUGUACUAUUACUCAACAAAUUUAACGAGACUGGUAUUUAGAAAAGUAUAACAAAAAAAAAUCAACUCACAUGUUACACAUAUAACUAUUUCUCGAGAAUCGCUACAAACGUCGCAUGAAAAAUAUUAAUAGUGAGUAAAUUCUACGGAGAAAGUUUUGCGAUCGCAUGCCGCGUCAAGUGUUGAAGCUGUUUAGUUGAUUCAGGAUUGUCACGUCAGGAUUAUUGCGAGGAACGUGAAUGCUCUCGUCAAACUUCUCUCCGUGUAACAUAAAGAACAUUUCCAAAACAAGUAAUAAGACUACCCUUGGUUGUUACUUAUCGUUAGCGUUAGUCUAGAGAGUAAACAUUAAAAGAUUGCUUAUCACAACCGAACAAAAAAAAUGCAAAACAUCUCGACAAUAUAAUACUUAACAAGCAUUACCAUUUACAGUUAGAAGGAACAGUUCAAUUGAGCCAACAGCAAAAAAAAGUUUAACCAAAACGGGCAACUUUAAAAUAGCGUGCGUGUCUUUAGCCCUAAACGACGACGAAGCAAAGUGAAGGUAACAAAGCUCAAAACAAUCAAUCUUUUAAGACACACAUGUAAGCCAAACGAAAAAUUUCCAAAAUUUACUAAUUUCGAAACCGCGAAUCGACGACUGGCGUGUGUAUGUGUGCGUGUGAGUAAAUGGAGAUCUAUGUUUGCGUGUUGCGUGAUAUUGAAGCGCGUCGGGUGGGCAUUUCAUUUUCAUGACUUCAUGAGUUUAUUUGCUGGGACUUCAAACAGUGAGGCCCAAUGUUAGUAAAGUGAGACAAUGAAAAUGCUAAUAAUUUCUCAAAACUUAUGACUGGUACAAACAUAAUCACACUUACACUCACACACCUACAUGGAAUAGAAACGGAUACCAGAAAGAGUUACUUAUUUCAAAACAACUUCUUGACAAUACAAAUGUUCUAUAAACUGAAACAAAUACGAUACAAAUCAUUGCAGCUGCUGGAAGAAGUAGGCGUGUAUGACCAUAAGAGCUAAGUGUGGCGGAGUUAUUUGAAGCUUGUGUAAACAAAUAUAGCAACAUAGUUGUAAGUCUGUCUGUCUGUUGAAGUAGAUCCGAUCAGUGAAACUUAAUCGGUAUGCAUGUAUAGAGCUGAGACCGUGCAUACGUUGACUAACACGCAGACAAGUAUUACCAUUCUGAGCAGCUAAAACACACAUUCCCAAAAUCUGUAAAUAUUAGAAAGACCGGAAAUUAUUCAAUGUUCCAGAGAAUAAGUAUUUUUAAAGAAGCUAUGCGGUUAUGUAUAGAGAACAGAUUAUAUAUAUACAACAGUAGCAAACAGUCAUACAGAAUCGACAGAAAGAAGGCAACUCAACAGAAAAUUUAUCUGCUCAACUCUCAACUAGCGUAUCGAUAGCUGACAGAAACGAUGUCACAAUACUAUAUACACUGCAUGCCUGAUGUGAGUUAACUAUGGUUGAAGAAAAGAAAAGAAAAACGAACGGAACUUUCAAACUGCUUGUUCUGCUAUUGUUCCACCACGGCACGUGGGUGGUAACAGCGUGAACUUCAAUUUCUUACUGCUUCCUUACUUGUUUUACAAAUGCUAGUGCCAGCAGCGAUCUACUAUUGGUCUGAUAGUCACUUUCGAACAUCAGACUGUGCUGUGCUUGAACAGUGCAACCACAGGAAAACAAUGUUGUUCUUGUUGUUUGUCAUAUAUGGUCAUUGUUGCAUAUGCUGUGUAGUAGUGACUUAACAAAGAGUAGUUUUCCUUUCGGUGUGUACCUCUACCGGAUGUUUCUUUGAAACAAACAAAUAAAAAAACUCAGUAGCUACCAGGUAGAAAUCACGAUCACUAUUAGUUUGUUUUGUGUCAUAAAACAUUGCAUAAAAGUGGCCCCCCUUAAAUGGUUCAACCUUAACUUAAAUAUUUUGUCAUCAUCUGAUCUGUAUUGGGAUACAGUACAAAGUUUGCCGACAACCUUGAUUUUAUUUUCAUAGAAUCACACUAACGUUUAUCCUUAUCUUUAAGUUCAUUCGUGUAUUAUUUAUUUACAUUCCUUAAAUUAUUAACACUUACGUAAUCGUGAAACGUAAACUCGUCUAUCGAAAAAAUGAUCAAUCAAUUUGCAAAAUUACACGGGUGACUCGCCUGCCCAAGAAAGCAGCCGCCGGUUAAUUUGAACAAUAAGAAACACAAAAUCAGAGCUUGAUUCACUACCUGCCUGGCGACCCGGAAAUAAAACGGUCGCCACCUGUAGAACGAUCAAAAACAUAACUUAACAAUUGUAGACACAAGCGAGAGGAAACAAUCAAGUAUAGAGACUGUCUGUAAACUAGUUCUUUAUUAUUAUCAUAAUUUUACACUUAUAUUAUUUAAUCCUAUCUUCGAAGCGUAGAAGUGUUUCGAUUUUACUAAUACAUAGAAGACGAAACACGUAACGGUUUUUAAAAUCGACAACAUUAAACAUAAAGAUUUUUUGACCUCCCACCCUUCUCCUCCCCACAAUUGUGAAACAACAUGACACGAUAAUAACGUACCAUUAUUAUAUUGACUAUUGUCAGCUUAAUUUUAUGUACCGCAAAGCAUUGUACUUUCGAUGCAUUCCUUUUGUUGCUAACUACGGUCAAAACGCACCAUCGACGGUGUCGACGGCGUUUGACCGUGCAUUUAGUAACACCAUCAAAAAAGUAAACAGCUUCAUUCCUUUCUACAAACACAAGUACGAUGUAGUAUACUUAACCGCAGUGAGAAUUUAAUAGAGUUCUAUCUUGCGAAGCAACUAUUAUAAAUAUAUGGAAGACAAAAAAAAACAUAAAAGAAAGCAUUACAACAAUGGUGAAAACGCGAAAAAAUUUACUCAUUCCGCAAGUAACAACCAACUAACUGAAAGUGAAAUGACAACAUGAUGAAAAAGCAAACACAAGAAAAAAAGUAAAUCUGAAACAAAUAUAAUGUUAUUCAAAUGUUAUUUCAA